GUUUAGAAAACUAACACUUUUUUUUGAAGCAUUACUAACUAGAUCCAGUAUAUUCCAGACUAAAUUAGACAGACGCGGAGCAUAAGAUAAAUAAAUACGUAAUAUAGCCGUCUCGACAAUUAAAUCACUUUACAAGUCGGACCAUUUGGGUCCUGCCCACACGGCGUGCUAGUGAUUAUUCUCUCUGUGGAGUCGUCGGUUACUUUAUAGACAAGACGCAGUUUGGUAAGACGUUUAUUUGGAAACAGUUUUAAAUUUAGAAUUUCCGCUCGUCCCAAGUUGGAUGAAAUGCGUUCAGUACUUUCCUGGCAUGAGGUCGCAGUUGUGUUAAUAACGUUGGUUGACGUAUCGUGUGGUUUGUUAAUUGUGUACGCGGGAUAAAACUUUCAUAAGUAGCUGUUUUGGAAUUUAUAGUGCAUUCUAUUGUUUGUGUUUGUGUAAGCAAAUUUUCGAUAUUAUGUUUAAAAAAUAUGAUAAAUCUUUAAACAUCUUCGUGAUAUUAUGAACAAAGUCUCUUUACUUUAUUAUCGAAGCAUAAUAUAGACAUACUAGCCUUCCACCAGCGGCUUCGCCCGCGUGAUCUAGUAUUAAGUCCAGAAAUGAGAAAAUUCCAUAAAAACUGUUAUCCCCAAAUUUACCAUAUUUCAUAAAAUCCCCUCUUAGUGAGCACCUACGUUCUAAAAAGAACCCGCAUGCAAAUAAUUUGAUUUUGAAACACUUGUAGUUUCUGAGAUUUCGUGUUGAGUAAGUACAUGAGUGAGUGACCUUUUGUUUUUAGAUAUAAAGAUUAAUAUGCUUAAACUGUUAACUAAAGUAAUAAAAAGAAUAAUACAGGGAAUUUAUUCAUAAACUGCAAUACACCAUUAUGAUGUCAGGCAUUACGGUAGCACAAGAAAAGCAAUAGAAAAGCGCAAAUUACUACUUUCGGACCUUAAAAUAAAUGUGUACUAUUUACCUGUUUAAAGUUCACUAGAAUCACAAAAUUAUAUAUGUAUAUAAAGGAAAAGAAAGUUUGGUACAAAUAGUAAAUAGGAAAAAUACAUUUCGCUAUAAAGUAAUAGGUUAGGUACCUAUUACUUUAUAGCCAAAUGUAUUUUUCCUUACUUAUUAGUAAUUUAUCAAUCUACAACACUCAUGCAACAGCAGUUCAUUCUAAAAAUAAUAUAAUUCCAGGAGUAAAUGUAUAGGUUUUAUGAUUAAAGGUUGAGACACCACCUGACGUAAACAAAAAGCGAAAACACCGAACCCAAUGACUCACUAUGACGAAGUUUUCAUAAUCAUAUCACAACAACACGCAUACAUUAGUAACGUUAGUUCCAUGUUAACUAGUUCCAAUCCAACACUCGGCAGUAAAUCUCGUGUUCAUUAUUUAAUAUUUAUUCUCAUAUCAAUUUUCUCGCUUUUAUUGUGCAAGCCACCAAGGCCGCUACAUUGAGUGAAUGCGGUUGACAUACUUUAAAGUAUCGCGAACGUAAAAUCGGCCGUAAAAUCUUUUAUACUGAGAACAAAGGCUUUUAUUUGCAAAUUUCUUUAGCACUCCGAAGCACCAGCCUGUUGAUCAAGACACGUGUCCAGUACAUACGUGUAAACGAGACGAUGCGAGCGUUCGACGCGCGUGUGUGAUAAAAAUCGAAUGCAAAAAUGAUUAAAAGGAAUGGUGAUAAUGUGUUUGCGAUCGCGUCGUGUAACAAUCAGUGUCAAGGCGCGCGGAGUGUCGUCUCGCUCACUCCCGGCUCAGCCACGAGGAUUCCUCGAGCCACUACUGCCAGGAUGACGCCGCCCGACGCGCACCAAAACACUAAGGAAGCAAACAUUGCGCUAUCUACAUACGUGGAGAAAUGGAAAAAUAGAUAUGAAGAAUCCGAAAGGAAACAUAAAGCGUAUCUACUAAAAUCAGAAAAAGUCAGGCGGGAGCAUGAUGACCUACAGCGACGCUACAAUAUACUGCAGGAAGAGCGUAACCACCUGGAGGGCGAGGUGCGAGAACGAGAGAGGGAACUGACUAAACUGAAGAAUGUUUCCGAGAAACUGUUUUUAGAAUACCAGCAGUUGAAAAACCAGCAUGAAGUGGACACGGGAGUUAUGCAUAAGGUUAUGCAACAGGCUGGUGAAUGGUACAAACAGAAUAAACAGCUCAAACGUCGCAGCACGGUGCUGCUGCAAGCUCUUCCAUCAAAGACUAUAGACAUAGACCUCACAGAUUCUACAGACACAGCGUCAGACACAAGCAGCAAUGAGGAGGUGGAAUUCUUGAAGCAGACAGUGUCAGAUUUAAGUAGAAAAAUAGCAGAGUUACAGACUGAACUGAACACAGCCAAGCUGCACGAGUUCGAAGCGCAUGAGGUCAACGUAGCGCUCGCGCAGGAAGUGGAGACAGAGAGAGAGAAAUGUGGCGCACAAGAGAAGGAGCUGGUAGAGUUACGCGGUCAGCUGGAGAGGCACAACCGCGUGUCCAAGCUGUUGAUGGAUGAAGUGACCGCACUCAAGCAUCACGCCGACCAGGACCGCCUGAUGGCCGAGACGUACAGGAGCGAGGCGCGCGACGCCAACAAGCGCGUGAAGCUGCUGCGGCACCAGAGCGCGCUGCUGCUGGGCUCGCUGGAGCCCGACGAGCGCCUCGCGCUGCUGCUGGGGGAGGUCGACAGUCUGCGGGAGGCGCUGGAGGACCAGGCCGCCCGCCACAGGGACCAUCUGGAGGACCUGCAGUUAAAACUGACUGAGAAACACGAAGACACAGAUAUUAUAUUAUGGGAAGAGAAAAUAAGACUGGCAGAAGAAGAUGCACAGAAAGCGUUAGAACGAGCGGAGAGAGCGGAGAAGAAACUAUCUGACGCGGAAAGAAAGAUGGUAGAUCUGGAGAGGAAGCUAUCAGAUGAUAGGAAACCGAAGAGGUCCAACCUGAUGUCCAGGAUUAAUUACUUUGAGAACGGCGGAGAAGUCAAACUUGCAGUUAACGAAGUCAAACAAGAACAGACCGCUGCACUGCCGGAGGUGACUCCCGAGCUGGGGGAGGAGACUCCGGUGCAGGGCCCCCCUCCCCCACCCGCGGCCCCCCCGCCACCGCCGCCGCCUCCCUGUUCCCUUCCCCCGCCCCCUCCCCCACCACCUCCCCCUCCUCCUGCGCCGAUGACGUUCGCCACUGCCCAGCAGGAGAAUAUGGCGCAGAUGUUGGCCAACAAACAGGGCUGCUUGAAGAAAACCAAACAGAACGGAGGUGGCGCUAUAGACGCGAUAGUGGACCAGAUAAAGGGCGGCAAGUUCCACCUGAAGUCCACGGAGCAGAGCCUCACUUCACGCAGGGAGCGCGCGGCGGAGGAGCAGCCCGAGGCCGUGAAGGAGAUGCUCGCCAUCCUCGGCACGCUGCGCCGCCGCCGCGCCCCGCUCGACUGCUGACUGCUGACGGCUGACUGCUGACGGCUGACUGCUGACGGCUGACUGCUGACUGCUGACUGCUGACUGCUGACUGCUGACUGCUGACUGCUGACUGCUG